UAGACGGGUACCCAAGACGGCAGAGUUGCGCGUGUGCCUUCCCAGGUCCUGGCAGCACCAUCCGGCGAGGGGGUGAGGACGCUGGCCGCCUGUUUUAUGACUGUAAGAAACACUGGAUGUUCUUAUUUUGAUUUCUUCUUCACUGGAUAUGCUACAUGCCCACGAUACUGGGAGCAAGCACGCGGCACGCCGGUGAACGAGCACAUCGUUAUCGAUGGGGAAAAUAAGUUGAAAGCUUCGGAAGAAUGUUUCCAGCAAAACGGAUUGCUCCGUUGAUCAGCGUGAUGGGUGUUUCGAGGGGAAUUUGACAUUUGGAGAGGAUCUGGAGGUAUCCAUCUACAGCUCAGAGCUCGAGCGCAACAGAGCGCCAUACUGCAAGACAAGCUUUCCGGAUCGAUACAGUGUAGCAGCAGCCUUUUCAUGCGGGGGAUUUGUGCGUUUUAAUGGAAAUGUAAACAAGUAAGCUGGCGAGCAAGUACCAAGUCGGCAACGUUGGCCUGAUCCACGCAACUUCUGCAAACUGCAUGCAGCCCUGGCGGUGGAAACAGGGCUGGAUGAGCCCAAAAUGGCAAAUAUGAGGAAAUCUAAAAGAUGAAUGUUGCAUUCCCCACGCAACUUGUUCUAUUCGCCUAAUUUCCCUUUCCAUACAAGCCCGAGUUUAGAGCAAAGCCAGGUGCUCCUCAUUCCUCCAACAUGAGGGAGAUUUAAGGCCGUGCGGAAUUGAUUUAUUAUGGGGGGAGCGCGUUAUUUUGAUUUGAUCCCUCUCUCCUCUUUUACUUUUCUUUUGUUUAUCCUUCGCGAGAUUUUUCUUGGAUGUCCGCGAUUGUCAUUUUGCUAGUCUGGAACGUCUAACGCAAAAGAUCCUCCGAAGUAGGUCAGAUCAAAGCUGGAGAGUUGUUAGUAUGACACCUUUUCACACUCAUCUUGAUGUAAGCUAUGCCGGACAUUUAUGCUUUGAUUUGUUUUACCCGUCGUUUGGCUCCAUGACAGCUAAAUGAGAGUUUGACAUCUUGGCAGCCUCCCUCUCCAUCUCGUUCGCCUCUUUGUUUUGUUUUUCCACCUCUCAUUUUCUGGCUGUUGAGUGAGUGAAUGGCUCUGUGCGGAACGACGGCUUCCAAUGCCGCGAAAAUGAUGGCUGCGUACAACGGCGGAACCGCGGCAGUGGCAGCGCAUCACCCGCACCAUCACCACCAGCUGCCCCAUCUCCCUCCUCCCGCCCAUCUCCACCACCAUCACCACCCGGGCCAGCAUCACCUCCAGCACCCCGGCUCGGCCGCUGCCGUGCACCCCGUACAGCAGCACGCUUCCACGGCCGCAGCUGCUGCUGCUGCUGCCGCGGCGGCGGUGAUGCUGAACCCGAGCCAGCAGCAGCCGUACUUCCCCUCGCCCGCUCCUGGUCAAGCUCCGGGGCCGGCGGCCGCUACAGCCCCGGCGCAAGUUCAAGCCGCCGCCGUGAAGGCGCAUCAUCAUCAUCACCACCACCACUCGCAUCACUUACAGCAACAGCUGGAUAUAGAGCCGGACAGACCGAUCGGAUACGGAGCUUUCGGUGUUGUUUGGUCAGUGACAGACCCCAGAGAUGGCAAACGUGUGGCCCUUAAAAAGAUGCCCAAUGUCUUCCAAAAUCUCGUCUCCUGCAAGAGGGUUUUCCGUGAACUGAAGAUGCUUUGUUUCUUCAAGCACGACAAUGUGCUGUCAGCUCUGGACAUUCUACAGCCUCCACACAUCGACUACUUUGAGGAAAUUUAUGUGGUGACGGAAUUGAUGCAGAGUGACCUCCAUAAGAUCAUCGUGUCUCCACAGCCCCUGAGCUCUGACCACGUCAAAGUCUUUCUCUAUCAGAUCCUCAGAGGAUUGAAGUAUCUACACUCAGCUGGCAUUUUGCAUAGAGACAUUAAACCUGGUAACCUACUGGUCAACAGCAAUUGUGUGCUUAAGAUUUGUGACUUUGGCCUGGCGAGAGUGGAGGAGCUGGACGAGUCGCGUCACAUGACCCAGGAGGUGGUGACGCAGUACUACAGAGCGCCAGAGAUCCUGAUGGGGAGCAGGCACUAUUCCAACGCCAUCGACAUCUGGUCUGUGGGCUGCAUCUUUGCCGAGCUGCUUGGCCGACGCAUCCUCUUCCAGGCCCAGAGUCCCAUCCAACAGCUGGACUUGAUCACAGAUCUGCUGGGGACUCCGUCUCUGGAGGCCAUGAGGACGGCGUGUGAGGGGGCCAGAGCUCACAUCCUGAGAGGACCACAUAAACAGCCUUCACUUCCUGUCCUGUAUACUCUAUCCAGUCAAGCAACCCAUGAGGCCGUUCACCUCCUCUGCAGGAUGUUGGUCUUUGACCCAUCGAAGCGGAUCUCUGCGAAGGACGCCCUGGCGCACCCGUAUCUGGACGAGGGGCGUCUGCGCUACCACACCUGCAUGUGCAAAUGCUGCUACACCACAUCCUCUGGCCGCGUCUACACCAGUGACUUUGAGCCUGUCACCAACCCCAAGUUUGACGACGGCUUUGAAAAGAACCUGACGUCAGUUCGGCAGGUCAAAGAGAUCAUUCAUCAGUUCAUCCUGGAACAGCAGAAGGGGAAUCGGGUACCACUGUGUAUCAACCCCCAAUCCGCUGCCUUCAAAAGCUUUAUCAGCUCGACAGUAGCUCAGCCCUCUGAAAUGCCUCCAUCUCCUCUAGUUUGGGAGUAGCUGAGGACGGCGGAGAAGACGGCGUUGAUAACAGCGGCGGAGGACGUCCCUCCCGCGUCCACCCUCGUCCCCCACGGACUACUGAUCCCCAGGCUUCCCCAAACCUGCGUAGCAUUGCACUGGAGUCUAGGACUAGCCAUGUCGCUGAUGUGUGUGUGUGUACUGUAAUACUUACUAAAUGGGAGUUCAUAGAAGCAACCACUGCUGAUGAGUUCAAGCGGGACACGGGAAGGGUGGGCCUGGUCACGGGGGGUCCGUUCGUACAUACCCACUGCUCUGUAGUAGUAUACUGAAGGUUCGCGCUCGUGAACCCAUACUUUCGGCAGACGAAGUCGACCCCUGUGGACUUGAAUGUAUUUUAAACAGCAGGGCAGCAGAAUCUGCGCCGUAUCCCUGAAGGAAAACUCUUCACGACUAUGUGUGCGAGUAAAUCAUGCUUUAUUUAUUCAUGGAAACAGAAAGUGCAGUGCUUCAUGUAGUAUGGAAAGAUUUCGUUGUUUUUUUUUUUUUGCUCAUGCUAGAACCUUACUGAAAACCAGGGCCAGCCCUAAAGGUCUUCGGUAAUAGCAUAUUCAUUAGGCCAACCCACAUAAAUUUGUCCCGGGCCAUGUCAAUUUUAGCGACGGCCCUCGUAAGAACUGUGACCACUCGUUCGGCUCGAGUGAGCUGCUCAUUGCGUUUAUUUCCUGCAACGGCGGUGUGAUUUUUAUGACUUUCUUCCAUCUGUGCUGUCAUCUGCGCUCUUUCUCUAUCCUUUCUUUCUCUAUCGAUCUAUCUUUGUUCGCAUCUCGCUUUCCGUCUCAUAUUCAACUUUCGUCAGUAAAAGCAAAUCAGUAUUCUUUAGCGCAGCACUUGGCAGAGAUACUGAUUCAUAGAUACUGUUUCAUAGGUGAUGUGGAUGUGAUGUCAGUAUUUAGUACUUCGGGUGGGUGAGUUACUGAACGGCACAGCGGUUGAGGAUCCAAAGCAUGCGACGUUGGCUCGAAAACGAAAUGCUCGUGCAUAAAGGGUUUAUUUGAAGCAAAGGAGACUUGGUGUGUGUGUGUGUGUGUGUGUCCAGAAAUCUUGCAAGUGCUCGUCUCCUACCAAGACUGAAAACCCAACUAGCAUGUAGCGACAUAAUAGGGUGGUUGUUCUCAGAUGACCUUCGAACCCUGCUCUCCCUGAUGGAGUACCUAGAAUAGCAUGCAAACCAAAUUAAAAGCCUAAAAACUAAAAAAAAUCUAAGAAAUUAGGUAAAUAAUUGGUUGAAGUGUUGGUCAACCAAAUCAUUCCUUAAUUGCAAUGGUAUAUUACCAAACCUUGUCCUUGAAGACAAGUGAUGAACGCCAUUGUGAGUGCAUGUGUGGACCCGUGCAUGUUUAUAACUGACUGUGGCAUCACGCUGUGUAUGUCAGUUCAGUGUCGUCUUCUUUGACCCCCCCUUCAAAAGCUAUUUUUCUGUUGAAAGACUUGUGGAGAGGAUGGAUCUGAAAAGGGUGCCUGGGAAGGGCAUAGGUUGUGUGUCUGGAAAGCAAUUGGAAGUCGUUUUCACUCACUGUACCAUGCUUAAGUUCCCCAUAAUGCUUUCUGCAAUCUCUUACUAAAAGUAAACAAAUGGAAAAUAUUUAAUAUAUUUUUAGAUAAUUAUUUUUAUUUCUUCCUCAAUGUGCUAUGGCAUGCUUUCCCAUGAUCCACUGAGUAUGGUAUGUAAAUAAGCGAGUAGCAGGUAGAUUUCAAUAGAAACACAAAAUCUACAAAAAACUAAAACAAACGACAUUCAAAAAAAAUCGCCAAACAACAAAAAAAAAACAACAACUAUGUAAUACUGCUGUAUAGAAGUUCAGUUAGCCUACACAUUUUUUAGGGCUGUGAAAUUUUAUUUUAUUUUUGAGACUUGCAUAUAAUUGUACAUAUUUUUUUUUCUCUCUCUCUCUUUUCUCCUUUUUAUUUUCCCCCUGCACUAGAAAGUGUAGACAAAGAAAUAAUCCAAAACAGUAUAAGUACAAAAACAAACAAAAACACAUAACCAAUUAUGUUAAUUGUGUCUUGUGUGCUGCAGAGCUGUGGAUAUGAGUAUUGAAGUAGAGCCCUUUUUUAAUUAUUAUUAUUAUUAAUUUCCUUUAAAGAAACACUGAACUGUUUGUGUAUAUGUAUAUAAUGGAUUCACAUUGUUGGUCUCUACCUCUCGAGCUCUCAAUGACUUGGUUGUUUACCUCCACGCUUUUAUUUUUAUGUGGAGAUUUAAAACUUGAAUGUCCCUUCCGACUUUUAUAUUCCUAUCAAACCCUGUAUAAAGAAAUCAAAGUCAUUACAAUUGCGAUUGGUUGGAGUUGGUUCCCAUCAUCAUAUCCUUGUACAAAGUACCAUAUUCUCACCCCAGUGUUCUCUGACUGUUAGAUCACACAGCAUACUUGUCCUGCGAGACAACCUAAGAUAAUUGACAUGGCAUCCUUCACCGAGAGACAUCGGAUGAGAUGAACGUACAAAAUAUGUGGCAGUUUUAGAACGUACAAGAAGCAGGCGUGUCUGAGAUAACGUGCGGAUUCAAACUGAGCCUGUUCGAACGGGCCAAAAGGGGAAGGUAGUACUGCACUUGCUGUCGAGUUUUAUAAGGAGGUUUGAAGUUUAUACUCAGAGUUAAUGGUAUUUGAAUACAUUUUACGACACAUGUGACCAUAACAUAAAAUUCGAUGCCCUGAAAGCCGAGGAGAUGAUUCUUAGGGACCGGAAGGACUCUGUGGAUGUGU